AUGUCUCACGCCGACCAAAACACCGUCCCACAAUCAACCAACGACCUCUUCAGCUCCGGCACCCUGGAUAUCUACCUGGCUCCAUCGAACACGCGCCUGGGCAAGCCCCUCGCACGGUGGUGGGUAAUGCUAGCGCCCUCCAACACUCCGCCCGAUGUGAAGGACUGCUCGUUCUACCACACCGCGGCAAUCAAGGACGGAUCCAGGGUCGUAUACAAAGUCAUAUGCAGGAUACACCACCUACCCUUCGACCACCCGCCGCUCUCAACGAAGCUCGCGACUCCAUACAGGCUAGGCACAGUCCCGCGCUUCAACCGGGUCGAUGUCUUGCGCAUUGUGGACGCCACCGUAACGGACGUCGCCAACGAGACGCAGCCGUGGCCCCGCACGUUCGUGGAGAAGCUGGAGGAGGCGGACUAUGUGCAGCGGGGAACGGCGGACUGGUAUAUGCGGCACUGCGAGCCGCGGACUGCGGAUGGACUGGAUGAGUUGGUGGCGCAGAUGUCGUUGAGUGCGAAAGAGAGUCUGGAUGAGCUGGUGGAGAGGUUGGAUUUGGAGGACCCUCGGGAGGCGGAGGAGUCGAUUCAGGAGAUGAUGGGGAAGAUGGGGUUGGGUGAUGGAAAGGGGAAUGGGAUGUGA